AUGAAUCGAAAAUUCGACAACCUCAAUGUUCAAACAAAGUUUGAUUUUGAUGCCAUCAUCUCCUAGCUUGAUAAUGGAUCGCCUUUGGCUUAAAUAUAUACAAAAAAGUUUUCAGGAAUUAAGAAUCUUGAUUUAUAUGAGACACCUGAUGACCAAUAUGAAACACCCAAAGAUUCUAGUAAUUCACUGAUUGAAGACCUUGUCAAUACUAAAUAGAGCAAGAAAGAAUUAUGA